AUGGAAGAUUUGCAGCUUGAGUAUCAGCGGAUGGAACGACGCCACCUCCGCGAGAAAAAAGACCUGCAGGACCGCAUCCAGGCCAUGAAGAGUGCGGUCCCUAAGAGCGACAAGAAGAAAAGAAAGCAGUUGCUCCUUGAUGUGGCCCGCCUUGAGGCCGAACUGGAGCAGAAGCAUCAGCUGGAUCUGGAGAAGUUCACAGAGCUUUUCCCUGCUAACAGCAACCUCGAUUCCAUCACUGAGGGUCUGGCCAAGAUGGAUCUUGAGAACCAGCCUCCUUGCCUCUCCAGAGCCCAGAAAAGGCGCGAAAGAAGGGCGGCGCUCCAGAGAGAGCGCCAGAAGAUGGCGGCCGACGCCGAGGUAGGGUACCUGGCCAACUAUCGUCGCGACGAGGAGGAGAAGCUAGCCGUCAUCCUGGAGGCCAAGAAUCUGGAGAUGAAGGAUAUCCCGGCCGACAGCCACUGCAUGUACCGCGCCAUCCAAGACCAGCUGUCGUUCUCCGUGACCGUGGAGAGCCUUCGGGGCCACACAGCCAACUACAUGCGAAAGCACGUCGACGACUUCCUGCCCUUCUUCAGCGACCCCGAAACCGGUGAUGCCUACACCCGCGACGGCUUCUUUAACUACUGCGACAACAUCGUGCACUGCGCGUCGUGGGGAGGCCAACUCGAGCUGAGGGCCCUUUCGCAUGUCCUGCAGUCCCCCAUCGAAGUGAUCCAGACCGAGUCGCCUGUCCUCGUCAUCGGGGAGGAGUACACCAAGAAGCCGCUUACCCUCGUCUACAGGCGCUACACCUCCAGCUUCGGGGAGCACUACAACUCAGUGAAGCCGCUGGAAGCCGGCGCCCGGGGGGGCGUCGCCCCGCGGUUCUUUUAG